AUGGCCUCCGUUUCGGUGAAGCUUCUGUUUCUUGUCUCAGCUUUGUUACUACUGGAAGGUGCCUCUGCCCAAGGUAGGUCUUAGAGGCAAUUUCGCUUUUGAGAACGGCAUGUAAGAGCAACUAACGACACUCAAACAAGGCAUAUUUUGUUAAUCUUUACUUAUGAUAAGUCAGUCAUUAAGCCAGUCAGUCAAUCAGUAAGUCAGUAACUCAGCUGGUCAGCCGGUCAGCCAUUCACUCAGUCAUUCAGUCAAUCAGUCAGUCAGCCAACCCGUCCGCUAGCAGGUCAGUCAGACAGUCCGUCACAAUCAUCAAGUUGGUCAGUCAGCCAGUCAAAUAGUCAGCCAGCCCGCCAGCCAACCAAGCAGCCAGCCAGUUAUUCAGUCACUCAGUCAGUCGGUAAGUCAGUCAGUUAUUCAAUUAGUCUGUCAUUCAGCCAACCAGCCAGUCAGUCAGUCUUUCAGUCGGACAGUCAGUCACUCGACCCAAGUCGUCUCCUUUGUCAUUUUGUAAGUGAACUGUCUCAGGAGACUAUUAUGGCGUCCCGGCCAACGGGCCGAUGAGAUGGAGAGAGGAUCUCCCCUUUUCCCCCUUUUCCAUCUCCCCCCGCGCAUCUUCCACGCGCUUCCUUCAUAUUAUAAGAGACAAACGGUGGGGGGGGGGGGGGGGGGGGGGGGGGGGUUGGGGGGGGGGGCCGGGGACAGGGCUUAAAAUUUUUCCCUUUGCACUUUUGACCGGUUUUUUUUUUUGAAAAAAAAAAUUUGUCGAGUUUUUUACAAAGAAGCCAACCCCCCACCAGUACAGCCAGCCCUAGGGGGGGGGGGGGGGGGGGGGGGGGGGGGAAGGGGAGGGGGGUUUUGGGGAGGGGACACUGGACAUGCAUUAUAAUUAUUCCCAUUGACACUUUGAGCCGAUUUUUGUUUCAACAAUGAAAAUCUUGCAGAGUUUUACGAAGAUGAGCCAACCCUCGAGCAGUACAGCCCGCUUUUGGGAGAAAAUUUUAUCACUUACCCUAUGUUAGAGGAAUAUGGUGUCCCAACCGUGGAAGAAUUUCCUGAGGAAGAUCCAGAUGACGAAGAUGAGGAUGAUGAAAAGGAACAAGCUUCUUUGGAAGCAGAACAUAAAGACAAGAAGAACGGCGUAACUUAUGCAGGUGGGAGCGUUUGUUUGUUGUUUAAAACGGAGAUGGGAGAGCUCCUUUGCCCACACAUGGAUUCAGAUGAAUGCAACCCAUGAAUCUAGUUUUGAAGCAAGUAGAUUACACAGUUUUGGUAAUUUUCAAGGCUUCAUCUUUAGGGAGAUGAUGCGAUGGAUUUUGUGGUUUUAAGUGAAGAAGAAACUUAAACUUGCCUGGCGUCAUCAAAGUUUAAGACCAAAUGUCAACAAAUGCCUAUAGUGAUGAUCAAACAACAAAGAAGGCUUCUGCAGCAAGUGCUUGCUAGGUAAAGGUCUCCCACUGUGAGGUUUGACCGAGCUACAUAUCCUCUAUGCCUUGUGCCUAAGCCCUUUACGCACAAGGGAACUUGAAAAACUUUUUUUGGUUUGCGCAAAAAGCCAUGGCGAAGGUCAAAUGGUCAAAAUGUGACAGGUCAAAGGGUCGAAGUGUGUUGCGCGCUUCGAAAUUCUUUCCCAAGUAUGCUGUGAGCAUAGCCUCGAGGAGGGAGCUACAGCUUUGUUUUGAACUAAAUCAUUUUGCUACAAAACAUUUUCCUACAUAUGUUUUAUUUAGUCUUACCUGGCUAGUUUGGGAGUCAGCUUUAAAAACUAUGGUUUCAGUAAGUUUCAUAAGAUAUCUCUUUCAAACCUUUGCCAUAGUAUAAGAGUGGUCACUAAAGCAACUUCUUGCUAUCUUUAAUUUCUUUCAGACAACAAGCAUGCACAAAAGAUCCCCUCUACAUCGAAUUUUAAAAGCGACGCACGCAAAAAGCGGCAGCUCCCUCUUCAAGGUAUCACAAUGAAAUCUGUUGAACAUUUUCCGUACUCGCUCUUUAAAUAAAUGAAUGAUGAAGAAAGCUAGAAACAUAUUAAGUUCCUUGACGAGCGAGUCAUCCCAUUAGUCACAUAGAGCGUUUUCACUCCCGUGGGCAGCAUCUAUGCCAAUUUAUUGAACCAAAAAAAACUUUUACAUAAGAAAAGAGUUCAACCCCCCAGGCGAUUUGUUUGGUACACCAAGAUGAGCCGCCGUUUCAAUAUUUUGGAACACCAAUAUGGCUCCCUUGACAUGUGAAAACGCUCUAUAGUUGUUGCAAAAUACAGCGCAUUUUAUUUAUAAGCCGACUCGUCCCUAAAUUUGCUAAGUUUUUUACUAAAUAAACCUGUUUAAGUGAGAAAGCGGAUGUAGUCUUUCACCAUUUUAAAUCUCUUUUGCUGUUUUUUAAUUCACUGUUUGUAGACGACCCAGUUGAAAUUGCCCGUGAAAAGCUCCAACGUGCGGUUAAAGCUGCACAGGCACUGAGUGGCAUAGAAAAGGAACUUGGAUUAGAGCCCUCAACAAUCGAGAACAAAACGGCAAAACUAGAAACCGAACUACAGAGCGAAGAGAAAAAUUUCAAGAAAUUGGCCGAUGAAGCACAAGACCCAGCUAAGAGGGCGAAAUUCAAUAAGUUUGAAAAAGACGCCGACGAAGAUGUGAAAAAGGCAGAAAAUAUUUUGAAACUGAUUGUCAAGCUUGAAGCGGCUAAGUAUUUAGCAAAGGAGCGCGCUCAAGAAGAUCUCGAAAAAGCGGAAAAACGUAAAAUGGCUUCUAUGCCUCAAGCAGUCCUCGGACAACCCCUAUCCUACCCACCUCAAGUUGCAGGUUACUUAGGAGGAAUUCAACAGCCUGUUUAUCAACCAGCAAUGCAGUCAUACACGGCAAGUUAUCAACCACAAAUGUUUCAAGGGACGAGCCCCAAUAUGGCUUCUGCACCUAACAGCCUGUUGUCGCCUGCUGGCUUAACUGUUCCAUCUAAAACGGCGCCUGUUUAUCAGCCUACAUAUGCAGAUAAUGCGGAGAUACAGAAAGUCAAUUCAAGUAUGUUUCUAUACAUUAAAAUUAUAUCAUUUACCACACUGCUGUGUAGUUUUAUCGGAUUAAUUAGAAAUGCCAUGUAAUGAAAAAGACAAAUUUCAAGAAUUUUUUCCUGAAUCAUUCCAAACUAAAGCCAAGGUGAACGAAAAAACAGGCCCAAAGAUUUGAAGAAAGUGCGAAUCUUUUCACUGGGAAAGGCGCUCGAGAAUGCUUGCAUUAAUCUGUUAUCUUGAAAAUAAGAAGCGCAGCGCAUCUGUUGUAAGAAACUUAAGACGUGAUUCUAAAUCUCUAAGGUGUCAACUUAUCCAUCUUUUCUUUUCUGAGCGGUACCUGUGUUUGUGUCCUUGUUUGGUGUCACUUCUUAAAACACAAAAAAUACUGUGUAUUAUUUGUCUUAUCCUUCAAAAUUUAAUAUAUUUCUUCUCCAGUUCAACAAACAGAAGCGACUGCUUCAGUGCUUCCAGCACAAACCAGUUCUCAACAGACAUUUGGAUCAGUAGCACCAGUGUCAACUAAGGUCGCUAGCUACUCCUCCGAAGAAGGAAAUGCCAACAACAAAAAUUUGGAGGUUAAUGACCUGCCAAGUCCGUCGGCCCCUAAUGGGCCUCUAGCAAUCCAACCCCCAAACACACCCAGUACACAGUAUAGUGUGCAUGCUCCAUCUAGUAACGACGUCAAAGUGCCACAACCGCAUACUAAACCACAAAAGACAAACGAAGGAGUAGCAUCGGAAAUGGUACCCUCGUCAGUAAGUCAAGCUCCUGAACCUGCUAAACCAGCUUUGCCUGUUCGACCUGUCGCACCAGUUCAGCCGGUCGCACCUCCGACGCAUACGGUCGCAUCACUUUUUGGGCAAUCAAACGGUCUCAUGUCACAGUCAGCGCCAUUGACUGCAUCAUACAACCCGAGUAUUUCAGCACCAAACACAGGUCCAAUGUCAAGAUAUUUCUAUUCCUACUCUAAUUCACCAGGUCUGUUUGCACCUCCGUCAUUUUAUCAACCGUUUCCGCAAACACCACCCCAGGCUGCUGCUUCUCCAACGACGCCCAAGAAACUGGACGACAAGCUGGGACCGUCAGAUGCAAAACCCGAGGUGGCGCCUAUUUCUGCUCCUUACAAUGUAAGUAUAUAAGACUAAACACACCUUCAAUCCGUUGUUCACAGACAAUUUGCUUGAAGGAAAGGAAACAGAAGAUAGUUAACGACACACACUUCCAGGUUCUCGUGAAUAAUCGAAGGUGGCAUUUAUAAACUAUGACACUUAUUGCAGUAGAUGUAUUCUUGCUCUAAGUACAAUCCUUUCCCUCAUUGAGGCUGUCUGGAGUGUAUGGGUGGUGCUGAAAGCCACAGCGGGCGGUCUCUAAUCAUAUAAGUGAUUAACAAAAUCGGACGACCACGUAGCGGGAGGCCGAUUUAUGUAAUCACGAGUAUGAUUUCAGACCGAAUUGGACGACACGAAGUUCUGUUACCAAAUAUUAACAACUAUAUCAAAAUAUGUGAUAUUUUAGGCUUUUUAAAACUUAAAACACAAGAAAUUCCGAGAGUCUUUUUGCUAGCAGUGAAAAGAGCCAUUUGAGUGCGCGCGUGCGUUGGCGCGUACUGUCCUAUUACACCGUCCUAUUAGUGCUGAAAUCAGGAGAGUUGAUAACCAAUCAGAUUUGAGAAUUUUGUUAUAGUUAUGAUUUUCCCCAAAUUGGAGGUAAAUAUUCUGUUAGGUACACUGAAACCACUGGAUUUCUAGACGUAGUUCUUGGCACUGAACUGGAAUUAGCUUGGAUUUGCGCCAACUUAGAGGAAUAUCACCAGAAAAACUUGCAUCCUCCACUAUAGUCUCAAUGGCAAACUGCAGAAUAUUCAGUUUUGCACGAAAAAGUACGAAACCCCCCCCUGUUAAUUACUUUAUGUAUGAUACGUUUGUUACGAAAUUCUUGACAAUCUUUAAAAAGUAGAUGCAAAAUAUAAAAGUACGCAAAAUAAGUGGAUAAGCAUUCACCUCCAAGUACCAUGUUGGUGUAUGCUGCCCUCAUCUUGAAAAGGAAGUGUAUCUUUUUUUUGCUCAGACUCUUCCACCGAGCUUUGUGUAUACCAAUUAAGAAUUUAUUUAAUUCAGUCAUGUGCCCGUUUAAAGUAACUAAUUUUCUCCACCAUUUUCUUCCUUCAUUAAAGUGUAACAAUUGUUAAUUUCUGAGUUGUUUGAUUACACACUCAAAGCAAAUGAAAGCAAUAUUCCACUGUUUGGAAUGGAUCAAUAAAGGCUUUAUACUUAUUUUUCUUAGGGUCGUCUACAGACUCCGUUAGCUCCCAGUUCUUCAAGCUUUGAACCCUCUCGUCCAGUUGCUUACGCUGGUCAGCAGGAGCUGCCAGGAGCUUAUCCCACCGCGCCAUUUUACCCAUGGAAUACUCAGGCUUUCCCGUCAAGCAACCCACAGGACAACUGGAAUACGCCGUCUUAUUUCCCAGCAUCAGCUCCAUAUCAAGCUCCAGGUGCAGAACACGGCUAACAAUUUUUUGUUUGUUAAAGAUCAUAUUGAUUCUUGAAAAUUUCUAUUCUUAUCCGUGGUUGCCGCUCUUGAGUAGAAGUAGCACCCUCGUUGGGUGGAGGGAUACUUAUUAGUAUGUUCUUAAACAUCUACACAAGGGUUCCUUUAAGCUUGUCAUCAACCCAGUUCCUUGAUAGAGCAUUUUAAGCUCCGUUCCCAAAACACAUUGGUUAGUGGCCCCAGUUAUAGGCCACUUUAUUACUUAUAUCCCUGAAGUAGCAAAGAAAAGAAGAGAGAGAGAGAGAGAGAGACAGAGAGAGAAGAGGAAUAAAGGACACGGGAUUCUGUAUCUAGCUUUGAAGUGCUCCAUAUUUGUUGUUCGCCGUCGAGCAAGCUGGAAAUUAAAAUCAGUUUUUUUGUUUUGUUUUAGUUAAUCCACUGUUAGCAGAGGCAUACAGAAAACUUCAUGACACAGAACGCGCUAGCUUGGCCAUGUCUAAGAUUGAAGAAGCUAUUGGUCUGUCGCCUAGUUCAGUGCGGCACAUUAUUGAUGACGUCGAGUCACAGGCUAAACAGGAAGAGGCUCAGUACGAGGACGACAUGAGCAAAGAAAAGGCUGAUAUCAACAAAGAGAAGGGACUUCUUCAAAGUGAUAACGCCACUGAGCCCGAGGAGGCAAAGAAAAAGAUUGCAGAGGACGAAGCGAAGCUAAGAGACGACAUCCAGAAAGAAAAUGGUGCAAAACUUGAGGUUGACAAGAUUAAGAAAAUUGAGAAAAUCUUGACCAUCAUCGAGGCAGCAAAGUAUUCAGCUAUGCAACGAGCAAAGAAUAAGAUGAAAAAGCUGAGAAUUAGGGAUGAUGGAACUGAAAAUGAGGAAAUUCGAAAGCGCGAUCUAGAAGAUCUUGAAAAGGACAUCAGACGACGGAGAAGGAACGAGAUAAAUAUUUGGCUCAAGGGAUCGAGGAAUCACAUUGACACAAGUCACUUUUUACGAAACCAUAUUGGUAGAUUAAGAUUAAAAAAGCAGGAAGAAGAAAAUUCAAGAUGGAAUUCUGAAAACAAAAACUUUUCAGAGCAUUCUCAAGAUGGAAAUCUAGGCAAAUCUGCAGUUGAUGACGUAACAAGCGAAGGCAAAUUACGCAAAUUAAGAUUUUUUAAAACACUCGUCUCCAACAAGAGGCUUGAUUCUGGAAACAAAUUUGCAGUGGAAAAGAAGACUGAUAUUUCUGAAAAACCAGAGCAAUCUGCCAACACAUUCAUCAUGGCUAAAUUACUUCAAAAGAUGGACAAAAUAUUUAAAAUUCAAGAGGACAUUUUGAAAUUCCUUAAAGCUGAGCACGAGAUACAUGAUCUUCAAAAGAAACCGGAAGCGAAAAGGUGGCGACGGAGUCUGCAUCAUUCAAAACACCACAAGAAUGUUCAUGAGGAAUUCACAAGAAGGAAGAGAAAAGCAAACUAAGCGCUUAUAUUUUUAACGAAAUGUUUGCUUGAUUCAGACUAUUGUUCAUUCGUAACAAACGAACGUUACUUUUUCCACAAAUAGUAUGAACUUGUGGGUGAACGCAGGCGUUGUUAAUACGGGUUUCCAGAGAAUUCUGUUCCCCCAACAUUCGUAUUUCCUGCAACGUGCCAGCACAAUUGCUUUGAAAAAGCAUUGUUAAACAUAGGCUAACUUUACUUUAAGAGUGAAAAUUUUAAAAGGAAGCUGCCUAAAUAAACCGUGAUAAGUCUUGACCUUCCUAGGCGAAAGACUAACACCAACAUUAAGUAGCUAAUGAUCUGAUCUUACCAAAUAAGAAGUCUCAACCUGAGUAAGCUUCUAUAAAAUUAAUAAUGAUAUUAUAAUGAUACUACUACUAAUAAUAAUACUUUCAUAUUCCUUUAGUCAUAAGGUGGCUAAACAUUCGUAACUUAAAAGAAUGAUAUUUUUUUUGCCAAAUGCAUAAUAGCCGUGCAGCUACUCAAGAAAUCACACAAGUGCGUUGGCGCAUUCUUCAUUGAUAGUGGUGUUAUUAUUAAUAAGGGUAUUUUUUUGAGGUAGAGAAAUCUACCAUUUGGAGAAGGCGACAAGAAGUAAAUGAAAUGUAAAUAUGUAAAUUUUGAUACUGCAUUUAAUAAAUGUUUUGUCUGAUAAACGGUGCUGUUUGGCCGACAACUUUCGCUGCUUUGAGUAUUAAAACAACCUUGCUGGAAGGCAAGGUAACAGGAGCAACAGGUAAUGUAUGGAUUCCUUUGAUAGAUCAGGAGUUGGCGAUAUAUCUGCACCAAGAAAGAUGAUAGGCACGAGUUAACCCCUCAAAUACAACUUUUCCCGAAAUGGUGACAGGUUUAGUUAUUCUUUUGUCUUACUGAUAACUUGCCCUCAAUGCCUUGUUUUUCGGAAUUCUGCAGAUGUGAUUGAGGCAAAAAGGGCAAGUUAACAUAAGCGUACAAGAGAGGUUAUGGGCCCUUUGCUUAAAGAAACGGUUAUAUGGCUCAACAAAACCUUGCUGGAUGGCAAGGUUGUAAAAGGGCUACGUGUAUAUUUAUUUUCAGGUCAUCUCUCAAUGACAGUAGGUCUCUUACAUACUGUUACAAGAUAGCCCAAAACGAUGGUUUCAAGAAUUAGUGUCAACUUUUUGAGGUUUUUUCCCGGUAACUGACGUCAGUGAGAUUUGACUGAAAGCCAUAAACACAAAAUUUUAGAUAAUUUCGAGAUCACAUUGCCAGCUAAAAUAGCUUUAAAGAGUCUACCAAGGAAAUAAGUGUACUAUCGGGUGGCUCAAAUCGUUUGACAUAUUUGCAUAAUUUGGUCUUUGCUAAUCUAUGGUGGCCCGCUAACACCAUAGCAAUUUUGUACCUUUUUUGGUAAAAUUUUGAUACUUUCUGCUCUUUUUUCUCUUUUCUUUUUAAUUGUAUUCUUUUGUUCAAUUAACGUUAUGUUUAUUUCACGUUGUUUCAGUUAACUUUUUUCAUUUACAAUACUGGACUUCUUUUUCAUUUCAUUUCUCUUACGUUUUAAGUUUGGUUACAUUUUUUCUUUUUUGUUCAUAUCACCCUUUUUUCUUUUGUAUUUUAACAAUUUAUCUGAGACAGUCUUUUUUCAAUUUGCAAAUAAAACAACAAUAAUAAAAAAAUCCAAACGUUGUGGCCCAGUAACGCCAUAGACCACAAUACAUCGCGACUAAUGACUGAUAUCCAAUAGGCGCCCCCGGCCGUCAGGGAGCAUUCAAGAUGGCUACCAGGAUAAAACCCGGAUAAGAGCCUCAGACUGGAAGGAAAAUUUUGAACUAGAUAAAAAUCUCAAAGAGCAGGUUCAGGUUAGCCGUAACCUGCAGCAACCAGAAAUAGUGGAUUUGAUGAGAGUCAUAUAUACCAUGUCGCCUGGGAACCUGAGGACUCUAUAUAUCCACCCGUGUCCAUCAUUUUGGGAUCACUUACACCGACUACUCUGUUGAUAUAGACUAACAUCAUCAGUGCAAAUCUUUUAGUGAAAAUUAAUAUUUGAAUGAGUAUCAUUUUGUUAUCAAUGGGCUCACACUUAGCCUCGCUUUGAAACAGAGGCUUGGGGCAGCCCAGUACAAUUAACGGAAUGCAAGGCUGUUAUGUACGGUCAUGCCUAAUGAAGCAUGUGACAACCAAGUCUUGUGGUGAAUUUUCUACCUGUGAUUUUUGCAAAGGAGACAGGUGUUCCAUUUUCACACCAAAAUGAACAUAACAAUUUCGGAAGAGAAUACAUACCACUAAAUCCAUCAGAUGUUCGGAACUUACCUAGAAAAUAGACUUGAGUCUUCCGCGUUUGAGCUUAGGAAAAUCAUUCGUAUAAAAGAUUACAGAUCCCGACCUGUGAAUCCAAAUAUCUCAAAUGGACCAAGUCAAUAAUGGAUUGUUAUGAAAGCGAUUGAGGCUUUCUUUGAUGAAGGAUUUCUACUCUAAUUAAUUGAGUAACUGAGCACUGUUUCAGUUAACUGUUCCAACCGUGGAGUUAUUGACUGGUUUUGAAGUCAACAACACUCUGUUUAGAAGUAUGGCCCAUGACGUUUGGUUGUUUAGGAGAAGUCUUAUCGCUUGCCUUUUUCUAAGCAUUUUCAUAGGUUUGUAUUAUUUUGUUUUAGCCUGCUAGAUUUGCUUGAUAGAGUCGAUAGCAAAUGUUUUAAGCUCUUUUGUUUAAUCAAAACGUCGAUAAAGCUAUCCAUUCCUUGGAAAAUAAGCUUAGAAAAGUCUAAUAUUCAUUUAUUUGUUUUCCAAGUACUUUGACAAAUUUAAUUUAGUAGGAGAAGACAAAAACAAAACUCAGUGAAUUCCUGGGGUAGAAAAACACCUUUGGAGCUUUAUUACUGAGGAAGACGGUGCAACCGCAAUUAUAACUUAUCUUCUGAGUAAAAAGUCAGGAUAUCGCUCAUUGAUUGAUAUCUUCACCCUCUUCUCUCGUUAAAGGUGAAUUUAAUAGAAUUCAUGGAUUAACAGGUUGAAAGAAACGCAACACUGAGCUUGUCUGGCCUGGAACGCAGUUAAAGAAAAUUUAGCCUGCCGUUCUUUUCUCAGCUUUUGCUUGCUGCUAUCUUUAUCACAUAUCAAGCUACUUUGGUUCUGGAACCAUAUAUUACAAAUGCAGGUUACUCUUUGCACACUCAAUGACAGCAGGGGACCAGCCGUUAUAACUAAUGUUUUAGAGAGAGGGAGGGGUUGGUAAUUUUAAAAGCAAUAUUUAAACGCAAAAGCCUACCUUAAAUUCCCCGUAAACUUAACUUCCACACGGUCGCUUACUUGAGCAAAGCCGUGAAAAGGAUUCGCAAUAAAUACUUGAAAAAUGACAGUGUUAAGAACCAUCUGUCAAAGAAAAUUUUAUUGAAAAUAACUUUCAUUUAUUAUAUUUACCAGGAUCUGGUAAAGGCACAAUUACAACCGCCGUCGCUCCAAACCGAGUGUCUUUGUCUGAUGCCAAGGUAUCUGCAAGUAAACAUUUCCCUUCUCAAGCAUCACAUCACUUGAUUAAGAAAGGUUGGACAAAAGCUGGACAAAUAAAACAGAAUAUCAUCAUGAAUGUUAAAAAGAAGUCAAGCAGAACUCAUGUGCAUCCACGACGGAAGAGAACCAAGUUAAAAAAGACGCAUAAAAAUCAGGUAUCUAAGAAGGCUCUAAUUGAAAGAAACCAGCAUACUGAUGCCUACAGAAGACGGAUUCAGGUAUUGGACGGUUACUUUGUCCAUCGUCAAAAUAUUGAGGAACCGUCCCUAUCAGAAGGAAAUUUCCAAAGAAGCAAAGAAUGGCUUCAGUCUGCACUUUCGUUAAAUGAAUUACACCAUGAGGAGUCAAACACUGAGAUGCAUUUUCAGAAAGCGGGAAGUGAAUUCCUGACGACACAAAAUCGGCAAAUACCUUCACAUUUUCUUGAUUGGUCGAGAAAGGGUUUUAGGAACGGUGAAGUGAAGUCGGUUGAGAACCAGUCGCAGAGAUUAUAUGAAGUUCAAGGACCUUCAAGUUCUGAAACAUACGAUGAAAAUUCAGAGGAAGGUCAGAAUAUUGUAAACGCAGCUUCUAUUGCCCAAAGAUCCAACGAAUCUCAAGCUAUUGCAUCAAUUAAAUCUCUAAAUUAUCAAAGAGAGAAAGUUAGUAAUGGAGUUUUCCAAAACUUUCCAUCAACGAGCAGUGCAUUUGGUUCAAAACAAAGCUAUCGCUACAAAUUCAUAAGCUCACUUAUCAAACCACAGCUCGCGGGCAUUUUGGCCGAUCUUAAAUAUCUGGACGCUCGUCGUCAUCGUGUCAAUCCGGUAGAUUUAAAAGCGUUAAAUAGUGACUUCCGGUCUCAUGAAUUAACGACUGAGAAAGAGAUUAAAGAGAAUAAAGUUGGAGAAUAUUUAAAUGAACGGGAAAAUGCCAAUGACAUGCAAAAAGAAAGACAAAACACCACAAAGAAAUCUGAACCGCAAUAUCAUGCUAAUGACAUGUUCAUAUUGGGUGCCCCAAAUCGUUCAACGUAUUUACAUGAUUUGUUCUUAGCUAAUCCAAUGCCAAUAAAUCAUUCCUCUGGCUCGGAAUUUGUGCUUGGAAAAUACAAAGAACAUGGACAUUUGCGACCUACUAUGCGAUGGAAAAAGUUGCAAACUUCACUGAAAUUUAAAAAUCAGUUCAGAAACCUCCACGUAUCAGGAUAUCAGGAGCACGUCCAUAAUCAAACAUCAAAAAAAGUCGGAGCACCUCCUCAUGUGCACAGGUUUAAAGAAACAGCAACUGAAAAUCACUCCGGAUCAUUUAAUAAAGGGUUCGAUAGAUUUCCUGGACCCGGAUUCCAAGAACCUGUGUACUCAGGAGAGGGUUGGAAAUCGAAUAGAAAUGGUUCAAAAUCUGAUACAAGAGUUGGCACUCCACCUAUCGAUGAAACUGUUCGAAAGUUAAAACCUACAUCUCGCGGGACGCUCCAGUCAUUGAAAGAUAAAAGUAUGUCGCACACCGCAGAGAAAAGUAAUGAAGAUGGCUCUAGUAUAAUAAACUUAAGUGGUGAGAUGAGCAGUUCCAGUACUCAAAGAAUUCGUCCUUUGUCUUAUUUUAGACCCACUGCUGGUCAAGCGUUUCCAAAGGUAACAACAGUGUCCAGCUAUAGAAGGACAACUAUUUCUCACGAGGAGUCUGGAUCGAACACCGAUUUCGAAUCGUGGACUGUUAGCAGUGGAGAAGGAUCUGUUUAUUCAGGCAGCGGCGAAGAUGAAGCGUUUUUGAAUAAAUACUAUAAUCAUUAUAAGCCGGAACCGACUCUGAGGCCAUUAUCGUCAACACGGAAAACCCUUACAGGUAAUCAUUAAUCCUUCAUAAAAGGUGGGGCAGUGCAGCCAGAGACCAAGAGAAAUGGGGGGCGGGGUUACGACAGGCAGGAGAGGAAAGAGCGGAAAAGGGACCUCUAAAAGGGCAGAAAGCAGGAGACUGAUAGAGAGAAAUUACGCUACAAUACUUCAUAUUUCGCAAUCGAAAAAGGGCUAUUCUACCUAAACUGACACUAAUGAAAAUUGUUCACUUUUGGGGUUUAAUUUCUGUUGUGAAAGUUGAAAAUGUUUCUGGCUAGUUUUGCUUUGGUAAUAGUUAUGUUGCUAUGUGAUUUUGCAACAACUAAACUAACCUGGCCUGAAAUAAGUCUUACUUUGCAGUUGUCAGUCAUCACAAACCUUAAAUCAAAUUGGAAAUGUACUAUUUCUGAAAUCUUUUUACCCAUCAUUUAACCUUUCUAUAAUACUUUGUCAGUUUUUUCCGCGCAAGCAAAUGGCCAUUCUUUGAAAUGAAUAGUGAUUAAGUUCUACGAAGUAACAACUUCUUAGAAAAAAAGGAAGUGUACACAACGAGGUCGACCGCUUGAAGGCGAAGCUGGGGCCACCAGAGACAAACCACUCUGACAAACUUCAGUUCUGUAAAGUUGCUUGUUUGUACUGUAAACAGAGUAGUCUUUGUAAACGUAACUUCACUGCGAGCUACUGUACAAUAUCACGAGCACAUGUAAAAUCUACCAUCCUAUUGGAUAACAACUAUCACGUGACGUUACAAGUUCCUCUGUUUCUUCUCGAUAACAUUUAGUCGAGUAUUUUCUUUUUGUCUUUACUAAUCAGGAAUUCUCGGCUUGACAGACAAAGAAACGGAAGCAAAAUGUGAGAAACUGGGUAAAACAGGUAACUGUUGCAUCAUAAUGUGUUUGAGCUGAGCUUUUAUGGGGGCUGUGUCAGGGCUGUUUCUAGUUUUGCCCCAAGUAAGGGAAUCCAAGAUAGUCUUGGAUUUUGGAUUCCGGAUUCCAAUUGUUAGUGGGAUUCCGGAUUCCCUGAACAGUAUUCCGUAUUUCAAAGCCCGGGAUUCCGGAUUUCACAAGCAAAAAUUUCCUGUAUUCUGGAUUCCGCAAGCAAAAAUUCUCGGAUUCCGGAAUCCGUUUUCCCAUACAAGGGGAGACUAAUUCAUUUUGUUAAUAACGUCAACUAAGCGUUCACCCUGGAACUUGAGAAAUUACAUGUUAAUGACAAAACCACAGCUUCGAGUCAAACAAAAUUGUCUCCCAAGCAUCAUAUCAAACGUUACAAACAACAAAAGUGAAGUUUGAGAAAACUGUCAGGCUAUCAAGUUUUCAAAAACCACCAUUGCAAUCCGUUUCACUCUUCUUCAAGUUUAUCCAUCCGUACCUCUCUUUAUAUUUACUAAGUUAUUAUUACCUUCUUUUAAUUUUUUGAGGGGUUAUUUUUAUGUUUCACUCAAUUUGGAGGCAGUUGCCACCGUUCGAAUUUUGAUAAAUUUCGUGGCACAGCUCCUUUUAGGAGAUAAACCCCCAUAAUAUUGACAGGUAACUCUUUCUAAAUUCUCUUUUUGUAGACUAUAAAAAGGAAUGUCCGAACGGAUGGCUUCAAUUCGAGCAGUUUUGCUACUUGUUCGUACCACACCCAGUAAGGAAAUGGGAUGAGUUUCCUCCAAAAUGCAAUGAAGAGAAUGCACUUCUAGCCAUGCCAAAAACAGACAAACAACUCGGUUUUCUGCAGGACAAAAUAUUGUCCUCAAAAUACAAAAUGAAGUAUUUCUACAUUGGUCUAAAGAAAAGGGAUGGAGCUUGGAGAUGGAUCGAUGACAUGCCAUAUACACGUGAUGUAAACGUGACAGAUGAGCUUGGUAAAAAGAACUGUAGCGCACUUUCCAAAGACAGUGAAAUGCACAUGGUCACGUGUGAUGAACCAAAAGCUGGAUAUGUCUGCGAACUCAGAACAGGUACUGUUACUUAUUUGCUACAAAGACAUUGUUUACUCUAUUAAGUACUUGAAUUAGCUGGUAACGUUUAAGGCAAACCUAGUCUAUGAUCCAGGAACUAGUGUUUAAUCUGUUUUUGUAGCGUUAGGCCAUAGUCAUGAACGUCAAAACACCCAGUUCAUGAAAAAGUUCCCCAGAACGAGUUUAUGGCGAAAUAUGACUUAUUUUUCUAGAGACGACUCUUAACUCGAGGACUCGUGGAUGGCCAAAUGUUAAAUUUUAUUUCACAAAACAAUUUGCGAUUGGCAGUUGAUCACUGUUAGUAAUACAUGCAUUCUGUUCGGUUAACAUUGUAGUUUCUAGAUUUAAUUUUUUCGCGGCUGUAAAUUAGAUACUUAUCGACAAAAUGUUUUUUCAGCAAGUCAUUUAUUGCAAUAUUCAUUUUAGAAAUCGUUUUCAAGUUAAUUCCGGCUGGUAAAAGUUGAAAACAGAUAUUUUACGCUGCAAUUUAGCCAUGAGAAUGAAGUGAUUCUUCUUCCCUACUUUUCUGAGGAGAUAAAGUUAACUAUGAAGAGUGUAGUUGGUGGGUACGAGAGUGAAAUGUUGUCUUUUUGUUUGAUGAAUGCCCUGUCCCCAAAAAUAUGCAAAAAGUAUACACUUUACUUUUCGUUGCUGUUCUUGUCUUCUGUAGGAGUGAAGGCGAUGCCAAUUCUUGCUUUAGGAGAUAGUUUAACAAGUGGUUUCCAUAGCGAAGAUAAGAACCACACGCCUUACGCCAAGACUCUAGAGUACCUCUUGAACAAAGACGUGCACAGGUGCUAUACCCUGACGACGGUUGCUAGGGAUCGUAUUGAAGCCUCUGAAAUGUCUGCGUUACUUCAAAAUCACUUACAAAACUGUAAGGUUCAAACUGCACCUACACCAUUGUUUUAGCAAUAACUGCCUAUUUAUAUUGGUCUGUUUCACGUGUAGCCUCCCACGUACACGAUCCUAGGGCUUUUUCGAGGGUCACGUGACACGCGGAUGAACACGUGAUGGAACCUUCAGAACGUUUGCGUUGGAGGCUAUAUCCCGUGUGAUAUUUACUACCAAUAAAGACUGUCUGUAUGUUAGGGUGCGUUCGAUUGGGAAAUCCCGAUUUAGAUUUUGAAAAUCUAAAUCCGGAUUUCCCAAUCGAACGAGAAAAAGGGAAAUCCAAAAAAUCCAGAUUUGGAUUUCUUAAUUGAAAUCCACCCUGAGGACGGAUUUCUCGGAGGUGAAAUCCGUUUUAGGAUUUCACGUUCGAUUGGGAAAUCCGGAUUUACAUUUUGAAAAUCUAAAUCCGGAUUUCCCAAUCGAACGCACCCUUAGCGUGUCUCAUAGGAUCUGUCUUACGGUGGCUGUGGUAACCUUUAAUGACAUGAUCAUAGAAUGUUCACCAAUAUUCGGGCAAGGUACUCAGUGCAUCCACCUACCAAUCAGGAGCCGCAAACUGAAAAUUACCGAAAACUCGGCAAGCCAACCUCUCUUAGCGAUCGUUUUGGCUCACAAGUAUAAUUCGCUAUCACGACUAUUUAAGACCUAUCUAAGAUCAUGUAAUGAAUAUAAGGGACAGGGUCAGAGUUAACCUGAUAUUAGCAGGUGCUAGGAAUUUUAGUUCUUUAAAUUGUCCAGCAAGCGAGGCAACAUAUUAAAAUAAUUUGCAGUUACCUGUAUGCAGUCUUUUACCUGGCUUUAAGGACGAUAAGAGUGACCAUGAACUUUGCUUUUUCCCAUGCCAUCUAUAGCCAGUUCCAGGUACGCUUGGGUCAUAAUUCUUGCUGGUACAAACGACAUUCUCCAUAACAGCGGUCACAGCAGCAAAAAGGCCUGGGACACAGCAGUGCACAACAUCAUUAAUCUCCAUAUCAUGUCGCACCGUUUUGGCGCAAAAUCGGUGGCGGUUACCAUUCCAGAAAUGGACUGCGAGGAAUCAGACAAACCACCUUGCCUGCACGCGCGUCUGGAACGACAAUACAUAAACGAAAAGAUAAGGCAUUAUGCUAGAACUAACGAAUUCACGAUCCUUUGUGACUUGGCGACAAAGUUGCCGCGGUAUUCUUUAAAGAACGAGGAGAGAAACCAGUUUUGGGAGGAGGAUUUACACAUGAAACCAGCAGGAUAUGAAAGAAUGGCAGAAAUAAUAUACAGAGAUCUUUUAGUACACAUUGACGAUGAAGAGAGCCUCAAGUAG